UUAAAAAAAAAAAAAAAAAAGAAACAGACGAGACGAGAGGGUGUGAGAGAUAGAGAGAAAUAAUCAAGCAUCAACCACCACCACCGGCCACUGACCCACCGACCACGCCGCCGGCGCCGGCCUCUCCGAGCUCCAUCAUCCCAAUUUCAAAUAGCAAUCUGUCUUGGAGAAUCAGUUGGUAGAGGCUUAGUUUCUGAUGUCAACACCUUUGUAUGAAAUUCUAAUCUUGUUUAAGUGUCCUUCUACACUACCUCCAAUUUUGUUGCCCACUUUAUCCUAACUGAUAUUAUAUUCUGCAUAACCAGUUACUGGGUGAACCUGUUUUACGUUAACUCUUUCAGACAAAUCAUAACAGUUUCCUCUCCUCUCCCAUGCGUUGUCGUCAUUUCCACUCAUGUCCCCCCCUAUUUCACUGCCACCAUAAGUUCAAAACUCUGUUGUUUCUUCUUUUUCUCCUUGGUGAAGUUCAGAGCAAACUACAAGCAGGCUUUGCUUGUUAUAAUGCCCCAGUGAAGGGUCAGAGUUCAUAAGCAAAGUAAAUUAAUCCAAAGGGUAUACAUUUCUGUUGGUCUAUGCAUUCAACCAAAGUUAGUGGAUCUUCAAUAAUCAUGUACAUUUUUCCUAUGCUAUACAUUUUAGUUCUCUUAAUUUCAUCAAGACCCAGAUCCAUUUCACUUUCAUUUUGCUGAAUUGGGCGGAAAUAUUCACUUUGGUUAUACACCAAAUUUUUCUGCUUCUUCACAAACCAAAAAGAAAAACCAUUUUCUUUCUAUAUCAGGAAAUUAUGAAUAAUAGUUUUCCAUUUUGUCGAUUUUCGACUUUCCUUAAUUCUGUUGCUAUAACUCAGAGCACUAUAAAGCCCAGCAUCCCUGUGGAUUUAGGAAGAAGUUGGAAACCAGUUCCAAUACCCCACAGAACAAUCCCUGAACCCAGAGGUCAGGACCUUGAUUUCAUAAAUGUUGCACACAGCCAUCUAAUUCACUCUGAUUGGUCUAAGCUCAGUUCCUUAUCAACCGGUCUAACACCCCUUAGAGUGAAACAUAUAUUGUUAAAGAUUCAGAAGGACCAUGUUCUUUCCCUCGAGUUUUUUAAAUGGGUUGGGAUUCAGAAACCAUGUGGUCAUAACCUUGAAACCCAUUCAAUAAUCCUCCACAUUCUCACCAAAAACCAGAAGUUCAAGUCUGCGGAGUCCAUUUUGAGGAAGGUUCUUGUAUCAGGUUCGAUAGAUGUGCCAUUGAAUCUGUUUGAAGAAAUGCUGCACUUGUACCGCUUGUGUGAUUCUUCACCUCGUGUUUUUGACUCACUUUUCAAGACUCUUGCGCAUAUGAAGAAGUUUAGGAAUGCCACUGAUAUUUUUUGUCGAAUGAAAGAUUAUGGGUUUUUUCCUACUAUUGAGUCAUGUAAUGCAUACAUGAGUUCUUUGCUUGAUUUGCACAGGAUGGAUAUCGCCUUGGCAUUCUAUAAAGGAAUGCAGCGUUAUAGGAUUUCAUCAAAUGUUUAUACUCUUAAUAUGGUCAUGUGUUCUUAUUGUAAAUUGGGGAAAUUGGACAAGGCUGUUGAGAUUUUUAGGGAGAUGGAAGGCAUGGGUUUUAGUCCAAAUAUUGCAUCUUAUAAUACGCUAAUUGCAGGAUAUUGCAAUAAGGCUCUUUUGAGCUCCGCGAUAAAGCUUAAAAACUCAAUGGAGAAGAAUGGGGUCCAUCCGAAUGUGGUUACAUUUAACACACUCAUUUAUGGGUUUUGCAAGGAAGAAAAAUUACAUGAAGCUGGUAAGGUUUUCAAUGAGAUGAAAGCGGUGAAUGUUUCUCCUAAUACUGUGACCUACAACACCUUGAUAAAUGGGUAUAGUCAAGUGGGUAACAGUGAGAUGGGAGGUAGGCUUUAUGAUGAGAUGUUGAGGAGUCAAGUUAAGGCUGAUAUCUUGACUUAUAAUGCCUUGAUUUUGGGACUAUGCAAGGAGGGUAAGACAAAGAAAGCAGCAUAUCUGGUAAAAGAACUUGAUAAGGAGAACUUAGUACCAAAUGCCUCGACCUUUUCUGCCCUUAUUAGUGGUCAGUGUGUGAGGAAGAACUCUGAGCGGGCCUUUCAGCUGUAUAAAAGCAUGGUAAGGUGUGGUUGCCAUCCUAAUGAACAAACUUUCAAGAUAUUGAUAUCAACCUUCUGCAAGAAUGAGGAUUUUGAUGGAACAGUUCAAGUGUUGAGGGAAAUGAUUGAGAGAUCUAUGACUCCUGAUUCAGGCAUCUUAUCUAAAGUUUUUGUUGGACUUUGUCAGUGUGGAAAAAGUCAAUUAGCAAAGAUGUUAUACGGUGAGAUGGAAGCUAGACAUCUUAUGCCAGCAGGUUUUGAAAUAUCCAAAACCAUCAACUUUGAUGCUGAGAAUGAGAACAAAGCAUCUGGAGAUAACUGGUGAGGCUGUAUAUACUAUACACCUGAACUUUCUAUGUAACGUAUGGGGGUUGUGUGGAUUUCAUUGCCUGACCUCUCCUUGUAACUUUUAAUAAUUAGCCUUUAGUUGUAAGUCCAGUUUUACUAUGACAGCAAAACUAAAGCAAGUUUUGCUUGUAAAAAGAAGUACCAUACUUAAAACUGUUUUUGAGUCUUUUGACAAACCACUGUUUUGUUGGUAAUCUCAUUGUUUUAGGCAUAAUAAGGUGCAAUUUGUAUACAGAUUUCUUACUUUGAGCAUGUAGCAGAUUUUUUGCUCUGCUUCAGAGGUUAUCUUUUCUUAUUAACAUUUUGCUGAAAACUCUUGAGGGCCAUUUUUAUUUUUUUAUUUACCGAAUGGCACUCUAGUUGUAUUUUAAUAUAGAUCUGUUUGUUGAUGUGGAUUUAUCACAGAUUUGCAUUUAAACUUCGUGUAAUUUGCUUGAUCUUCUCUUCUUCUUUUUCAUCCUCCUUUUAUUUAUAUUUAUACAACCAAAUGGAAAGAGUGCUUGGCAGCUUUUUGCAUCUUUCCAUUUGGUUGGUUGUAUACUUGUAUUAACUUAGGAUAAGCUGCAGGCACUCUAACCUUUCUCUUCUAAACCAGCAAACUGAUGAGACAAGUGAGAGUCUCUCACUUGUUGAUAUUAACAACCAAAAUCUUGUUGACAAUCCAACCGCUCUCACUUGUUGAUAUUAACCACCAAAAUUUUGUCGGCAAAACAACAAUAUGAACUAGGGGUGAGCAAAUGAAUACUGGAGCCGACCCAAUUGACCGGCGCCGACGACACCGUCCCGACACUAGCGCCGACCGAAUGAGCCGAGGUCGGCGUUCGGAGGGCGAAGCCCGUUCCGACGCCGGUGCAGUGCAGUCACCGGAUCAAAGAAGGCGAAACCGAUCCACACCGAUACCGAACCGAUACCAAACCCAGUAUUCGUUUCUCCCUACAGUUUGGAUACACUGUCGUUCACAGGUUCUGAUUUUAAUUUUUUUUUUUUAAUGAAACAACGUCGUAUGGGUGUUAUUAAAAACAAAAAACAAAAGCUAAAGCAAAACGGUGCGUUUUAUGCUAGGUUUCCAGAUCCUCAAGGCCAUAUAAAUUCAUUCUUUUGUCCUGAAUCUCCUGAUAUCCUUUAACUCUCUCUCGCUCUCGCCUCUUAGUCUCGCCUGACGCAGUGAUGCUUGCCUGAGCUCUCGCCUGAGCUCUCGCCGUCGCUCAUCAGUCACGGCCUGACGCAGUGGCGCUCGCCUGAGCUCUCGCCGUCGCUCACCAGUCACGGCAAACCAACGGUAAGCAUGAAUGAUUCUUAAUCUCAUGUACUUCGUAGUUUUUUGGGGUUGUAAAAUAUAGUACAAUGGGUUUUAGGCUUGUAAGAGAAGUGAAGUUUAUGAUUUUGAUUUAUUGGUGAGAGCUUGUGUUUGUGUUUGUGUCUGUAUUUGUCUUUGUGUUUGCGAGUGAUUGAGAAUUUGAGAGUGAUUUGUAUUUGGUGAGGUUCUGAGUGUCGUGUGUACUGUGUAUCAUAGGCAUAAAAUAAAUGACUUUGUGUUUGUGUUUGA